AUGGAUAUUAUAAAGGGAAACCUAGAUAGAAUUUCAAAACCAGCCUCAAACUCAAGGACACGUCCUGGGAGCAGAAGUUCAAAUGCUGCUUUAGAGGUUCUUUCUCCAGAACCAGGGUCAUUUAAGGUUGAUACUACAAUCAAGUUGAACUCUGACAAAGAGGGCCACACAGAAAGCACAGCGGAAAGUAGAAACACACUAGCAAGUAGAAACCGCCAUGAGGACAAAGAGGGCGACUACUUUGAGACGAUAAAAUUGGCAGAGGAGGGGUCAGAUGAAGAUCUCCUCUUUGCUCAACAUCAGACAAUCCCUGGGUGUUCAGAUGAACCCAAAUUAAAAGAAUUAGACUUUAAACUUCAAAAUGCUAUUCAGAAGAUGAAGAGGCUUGAUAAAAUACUGAUGAAGAAACAACAUAGAGAAAAAGAAAUUAAGAAGCAAACUCUAGAAAUGAGAAGAAAGCUGUGGGAGGAACUGAAGUCUGCAAAAACUGGUGCAACUUGGCAAAGUAAUGAAGAGAUGGAAAAUACAAAAAUGUUUUUGGCUCUGACUGCAGCAUCAGAAGAAACUGCUGAUCAUUCUUGCUAUGAAGAUGAAGAAAGCUUUUCUCCAGUAUUUCACACUCAGGUCAUUGUAGAGGAGUAUGAAAACCAUAUAAGGGAUACUGACCAAGGUUUUACCAAUGAUGUGGAAGGAAAUAAUUCACUGAUCAAAUCAGAUAAGAAACCUCUCUCAAGUUCAGAAAACACUGGACUCAGGGGAAAACAUAACCAGGAUUUCAUUAAGAGGAACAUUGAGUUGGCCAAAGACUCAGGGAACACAGUGGCUAUGAUUGAUAAAGAGAAGAAAAGACUGGCUGAACUUUUGAAGGACUUGGAUGAUGAAGACUCUGGAAUUUCCAGUUCUGAGGCUGAUCAGUCGAGCUGGCUGGUCCCAGGAGAAGGAUGCCUGCUUGCUGUUGAGGAGCGGCGGCAGCUUGCUGAAAUUGAGACAAAGCUCCAAGAGCUUUCUGCAGCUCCCCCCAAAACGUUCAGUUGUCCUUCAAAUCUGGAAAACCAAAAUGACCAGAGACCAGAACUCAUCUGUGAUGACAGAAAUAUGGAAAUAACUCCUGGUGAGAAAGUGCUUCAGAACAUCAAAGAACAACGGGACCAACAAAAUAGGCUAAAAGCAAUAGAUGAAAAACUGAGAAAGAUGAAGGAAAGUGUGUUAAACUCAACACCACUGCUCUCUGAGGAACAAUUAAAAUCUCUUCUGGAUGAAUGCAUUUACAAACAGAACUCCAUGAUUAGACUUUCUUCAGAAAGAGAAAACAAAGACACUGAGGAUACAAUGUCUGAGUUCCCCCCACUUUUCAGAUUGAUUCUUCCUGAGCUACUAAGUGGAUCAGAAACAGGGAUCAGAAAGACUGAGGCAGAAGAUGCAAAUAUCUUGGAGUUUGUGGAAGGUGAAACACCUCAUGGCUACUAUCUCACGAAAGCCUUGACUGGGCAUUGCAUGUCACAGGUCAUUGUCACUGAGGGAGAGAAUAUGAAAUGCCUCCCACUGUUUACGGAUGAGGUUGUUAGUGACACAGAAGAUUACUAUAUGUCAAAAGCUAUUGGCAUUGGGAGACUGAAAAGGCCCUCUUUCUUGGAUGAUUUGCUGAAUGACACCAAUGAGAACCUUUCAUCAGAAGAUCAGCAUUUGAAUCUCAGUUCUCCCUCAAAACCCAAAACAGAUGAACUGAAGAUUGAAGAUGUGACAGAAGAAUAUAAAGAAUCUUAA